AUGCAUCCAGCUUACCACCACGCUGCCACUGUGCAAUAUGCACACCCGCAGCAGCAGCAGCAACAACAACAACAACAACAACAACAGCAGCAGCAGACAAUGCACCCGGCUGUAGCAGGCUUAGCUGCAGGCCAGCCUGUGCGGCAGAGCCUGAGCUUCGCAGCAGCGCCAGCUGGGCAACCACAGUUCGCCUUCUAUGCAAACCCACCCCCCGGUACACCAGCCAUGCCGCCCCUUGCUGGGUUUCAGGUCGGGUUGCCAGGAACGCAAGUGGCCCAGAUGGGCGUGGCACCGUCCGGCAUGCCGCUUCCCCCAUCUGUGAGCUACAGCCCAGCCUAUAGCCCAUACCCACAAGGAGCGAUGCCUCCGACCCCUCCGACCCACAGCAUCAUCCAAGGACAAGGCCCAAGCCACCACGAAGGCGCAAGGUCGGAGAGCAGCUACGAGUCGAGCUCCGAGGAGGAGCAGAAACAGGCCGAACCUGAAGGAGCAGCGCCUGCGUCGAACGCGGAAGCUGCCCCAGAGCUCCGCGCAGCGCCAGUGGCCUCGGUACCCUCGUCCAUGUCGUUACCUGCAGCCUCUGUGCCAUCCUCCAUGCCCUCGUCCAUGGCGGCCUCUCAGCAAAAGCCGCUCUCUGAGGACUCCGUGAACAAUGUCAACUACCAGACGCUAUAUGCGGGCUCUCCGGGUGCAGAGGAUGUGAACUUGCAGACACGGCUGUCCAACUCGAAGGAGGCGCUGAAGCUGCCUCUGGGAGCUAAGCCGGCAGAGCAACACCUGGAUGGCUUUCUCUUCGGGCACGGCUACUCUAUCGCUCGGGAGGUGCUGCCUCCCAAAGCGAGCCUUCCUGCCGGAGCACUUGGAAAAGGUGCGUUCGGCGUCGUCUAUCGUGGCCGCCGCCGACGGGACAACAUCGAAGUUGCCCUCAAGGUCUCGGAGAAUGCUUCUUCAGCUGAGCCAAUGCUGGAGCAGGAGAUCAACAUUCUGAAGCUCCUGGAUCAUCCUAGCAUCGUCCGCUUUCUCGAAGCCUUCGUGGACAAGAGCAGCGACUCCAUGGUUAUUGCCAUGGAGUUAGUGACUGGGGGCGACUUGCUUUCCUCGCUGACGGGUGAGCCGCAGCUCUACGAGGAGAGCCUUGUUCGGCCAAUGAUUUUUCACAUUGCUUGCGCCUUGGCACAUGCUCACGAGAUGGGAGUUGUUCAUCGCGACUUGAAGCCCGAGAACAUCCUCCUGCGUCAGGGCGACCGAUUCCCCAAGGUUGCCGACUUCGGUCUCUCCAGAUCCUUGAGGAACUCUGAAAUGGCAAUGACCGUGGCUGGCACUCCCACGUACAUGGCUCCAGAGAUCCAGGACCCGCGUCUGCCAUACGACUUUCCGGCAGACGUCUACUCUUUGGGCUGUAUCCUCACCGACAUGAUGGACCCGUGCUUCUGCUGCAGUUGGUAUGCGCAGGUGACACCGGGUUGCCACGAAAAAAUGCGAAAGAAGUGGCCUGCUGGCACCACAGCUCCGGAAUUCUCGACACCCUUGAAAGAGCUGCAAGGCUCUAUGAUCGGCCAGGCGCCAGGCCUGAGGCCCACUUGCUACCAGGUUUGCAAUGAUCUUCUGACCCUUGCAGACACGCAGCCCUUGCCUCACACUUUGUGGCAGGAGAAGCCGAAGUUGCCAAAGGGUCCACCUAUGCAGAAGAUGCUGGGCUCAGAGCUCGCUCGUGAAAUUGCAGGCCGAGGUGGUUACGCUGUCGGCUGCCGCGUCCGGGUGAUGGUGGAUACCGAAUGGUAUCCCGGCGAGGUGAAGCACAUCUCGACAAGCAUGUGCCCUGGAGCAGUGCAGGUACACUUCAAGCGAAACGGAGGUGAGGAAGCCAUCCUGGUAUGCCCUUGGCAGUUUCAGCUGCUGCUUCGACCAGAUCCCGGAGCAGUCGUUGCAGAGGAGGAUCGGAUGGGCACUUUGAUCUUCCCGGAGGUUCAACCGGAGAAGGUAAGUCCAUCCAAAAACUCGAGGACUCCAGCAUCGAGUCCCGCGCAAAGAGAGGUCCCCGUGGUCAAACAGAAAUGUCAGCCGGGCUGUCGGCAGCAGUGA